CAUUAUUUGUUGAGUAUAAAAGGAAUUUAGAAAAUUGUAAUCAAUAUCAGUUCAUUCAGCUCCAUUGCAAAGAACAGUCUUCUAAACAAACAAAAAAACUCAAAAUGAAAUUCAUCAUCUGCUUGGCUCUCUUCAUUGCUGCUGCUUCAGCUCAUGUUGUAGCUCCACUUACAACUUACACUGCUGCUGCACCAGCUUAUACCACCUAUUCAGCUGCCGCUCCUGCUUACACCACAUAUGCCGCUGCUGCUCCAGCUUACACUACCUAUGCUGCUGCCCCUGCCUAUACCGCCUCGGUUUAUAGUGCUCCUGCUUCAUAUGUGGCAGCUCCCGCUGUGUACAGUGCUGCUCAAGUUGCUACACCAGUUGCUGCUUAUGCUGCUCCCGCCACCGUUUACUCUACCUUGUUGAAGAAGAAAUAAGCUCUUUGAGAUUGGAAUAUGAAAGUGAUCAAUAAAUUGUUAAAAUUUUGAAAUUUGAUAAACGAAAUAAUAACUUCAAUAAAUAAAAAACGUCAAGAUUA